AAAUUAUUUAUUUAUUAUUUUUAUUCUUUUUGACUGGUGGAGGUAAUGAUUUCUAAUGGUGCAUUCUUUCUCUAAAAAUUUUGGUCCAAAGGUGCAAUUUAUUUCACCUUAUAUUACAGCUUAAAAACUCUCAUUUGGUUCCUUAACUGGGAAAGUCAUGGCUGGGAUGAAUUCCAGAAAUUCUUUCUCACUUAUCACUCUCUUUUCCGUCUUUGCAAUCUUGUACAUGAAUUCAGUCAUUCUUGCAGCAGAUGGGAAAUCACAAACAUUUGGUAAAGUUCUGAACCCAGCAAAGUUAGGACUCAAAAAAGAAAAACUCAGUCAUUUUCAUGUAUAUUGGCAUGAUAUCGUUGGUGGCCGUAAUCCAACGUCAAUUCAGGUUGCAAAGGCAGCUUCAACAGACAAAUCGGCAACCGGGUUCGGAGCUGUUUCGAUGAUUGAUGAUCCCUUGACAGAAGGACUUGAAUUGAGUUCGAAACUUGUCGGACGAGCUCAAGGAUUCUAUGCAUCUGCUGGAAUUAAUGAAUUAGUUGCUCUGAUAAAUAUGAAUUUUGCAUUCUUGGUUGGAAAAUACAAUGGUAGUACUGUAAGUAUUAUGGGAAGAGAUAAGGUACUAUCUGAAGUUAGAGAAAUGGCCAUUGUUGGUGGUAGUGGAUUAUUCCGGUUUGCUCGUGGUUAUGUUGAAGCUCGGACGAAGAAAUUGGAUUCUAAAACUGGUGAUUCUACUGUUGAAUACAACAUUUAUGUCUUUCAUUACUGAUCAUUUUAGCACUUUAAUUCCUGUAUUCAUUUCGUAUUCGUCUACUGUAUGAAUUUUACUCAUAUGAAUGAGAUUUUAAGCUUCUGAAGUUUUAAGAUGAUAA